AUGCCCUCGCCUUUCCCGAUGCAGCACGAAACUAGCGACGAGAGUAUUGAUCCGCUGCCUUUCGGCCCGAAUAAUAAUCCUUCGUCGUCUUCUGUCUCGUGCCGUAUUUCCUUCGAUUCUACUCAUGAUCACGGUACGGGAUACUAUCACGAUGAUUGCCCGGGAGUGUACCGGUCUCAACAUGUCUCGGAUGACAAUCAUGGUGAUUAUAACCAUAACCAUGGUGGAUCAACAUAUGAGAUGAAGAGCAAUAGGGUUGAUCAAAGUGGGCUCAAAGUAACCCUAUGGAAGAAAGAAGAUCGCGAAGAACAUGCCGAUAAUACUCAUCAUCCCGUGAAGUGGAUGUCGUCCAAGAUGAGAAUGAUGCACAAGAUCAAGAGCAACCCGGAUCGCGUAACUAUAAAGAUAACCAAAAACAAGCUCGAGAAUCAAACGUCUUCUUUUGAGAGCGAUAAUUCGAGCUUCGCCUACACGGGUAAUAACAACCCGGUUAGGGUUUGUUCCGAUUGCAACACCACCAAGACCCCUCUUUGGAGAAGUGGUCCUAAAGGACCUAAGUCCCUUUGUAACGCAUGUGGAAUUAGGCAACGAAAAGCGAGGCGGGCUAUGGCGGCAGCAGCAGCUGCCGCCAACGGCACAACCGUUACCACCAGCAACCACCAGACUCCAAAGCCAAUAAAGUUAAAAGUGAAAAACGCGCACUUGAAGAAGCGGUUCAAGACCACAACUUGUGAAGCCGGGCUGCAGUCCACCGGCAAGAAAAAGAUGGGGUUCGAGGAUUUCUUGGUCAAUCUUAGCAAGAGUACUUUAUCUUUCCACCGUGUUUUUCCGGAGGACGAAAAGGAUGCGGCUAUAUUGCUCAUGGCUCUUUCUUCCGGCAUGCUUCACGGUUGA